AUGGCCUCGGCGGCGGCGAGAUCCGGCCUCCGGUCGCUGGUGAUGAGACGGCAAGUGGGAGAAGAUCACCUACGCCGGGAUCGUGACCUGCACCCUUCUGGCGGCGUACAACCUCUUCAAGGGCCACCCACACUUCGAGGAGACGCCGGUCGUCAGGGGCAUUAUGACUAUGUCAAGCCUGUAAUGUUGAUUGGCCCAGGGGAAUGCACCUCAGCCAAUGGUGAAGAUGUCUCGUUUCCUCCAGCUGUAACUAAGAGGCAGCGCGAAGAAACCUUUCUUCCAAUAGAGAAGGUGCCUACGGUUUAUGCUAAUAGAUCUCUUUUCUUGAUUGACCUUUUGUACUCGCAUGAUAGGUGCCAACGGUUUAUGCUAAUAGAGAAGGUUGUAGCGUCAACGACAAGCCUGAUAGCGUGGUUUGUUUCAUGGUUGAUUUAUCUGUUAUUAGACCAGCGGACAGAGACCACAGCCCUUGGAGCUGCAUAUGCUGCUGGGUUAGCUGCAGGAAUCUGGACUAAAGAGCAGGUAUUUGCAGGCUUGCAUACGGAGAACAUGACAUUCUUCCGCCCGAAAUUGGAUGAGGCGCGCAGGAAGAAGAGAGCAGACUCGUGGUUCAAGGCGGUUUCAAGAUCAUUCGAUUUGGCUGAUAUUGGUUAUUGGCUUAUCACCUGCCAUUCUUCCAAGCAUAUGAUGCCAAACAUGUGA